GAAUUAAGGAAUUUUCUUGUGUUGCCCAAACAAAAGGAAUUUUGUUUUUUAAAACUUGCCUAUAUAUAAAAAGUGCAAACCCUUUUUUGCAUUUAUUAUCGCUCUCUAUUGUUUUUAAUUUUAGGGUUUACUCGAUCAGAAUAGACUAUCCCGCAGAUUUUAGAUUCCGGCCGACAGAUGACGUCAUCAUCGACUAUUACCUCCGGCUAAAACAUCUCGGCAUCGAGGAAGGCGAUGUCAAUCAUUUCAUUACCACCGUUGAAAUCUCUAGUUACGAUCCUUGGGAUUUGCCAUGUAGGUUUGAUUAAUUACUGGAUCAUGAUUUCUGAUUAAAUCAUUAAUUACUGACUAAUCUAUGAUCUACGGUUUUUUAUCAAAUUUUUUUUUUUAUUAUAGCCAAAUCAAAGAGAAGUGUAGUAAUGAUAAUAAGGUAUGGUACUUCUAUAGUCGUGAUGACUAUAAGUUUAACGAAGAAAUAUGGAAAACGAGUUCGGGUUAUUGGAAAGAAACCGGAUCCAACACACCAAUCAUCGGUAAGAGGAAAAGAACCAAUGGUGUUAAGAUUGGUGAGAAGAAAGUUUUGGUGUUUCAAUCUUGUGCAAAUCCUAAUGGAUCCAAAUCCGAUUGGGUAAUGCACGUGUAUCAACCCACGUUUUUGCCUCCCGAUCAGGUAAUUUUUCAAUUCUAUAAUUUAUAGCCAUUAGACUUUUUUUUUUUGGUAACUCUGUUGUGUGAAUCUGCAGAUUAGCCGUAAAUCAGCCCUAAAGCUAAGAUCAAUCAAAUUUAAGGUUACAUUUUUGGUAUUACUGAUUUGACGACCAACCGCUUUGGUUUAGGAAGUCGAGAGACCAUUUAAACAACUCAUGUUAAUGAUAUGUCGUAUAUACUUUCUAUAAAGAUUGGUAAAAACUAAAACUUGAAAAAAGAGAAUAAAGUUGAUUCGGCGUAGUUGUUAGUCUAGUGCUGGGUUGUUUUAAUUAUGGUCUCCAUGUGAUAUUUGAUCUUUUUCUUAAUGUGAUUUUGACCGCAUUUCUCAAACUUUUCUAGUAAGAUCUCUUACGGGUUUAAAAAAACGUUAACUUGAUUUGGACAGAGAGCAUAUGUUGUCUGCAAAGUAGAGUUUAAAAGUGAAGACAAGGAUACUCCUGGUAAUUCUGAUUGUGUAAUUGAGCUUAAUCACCCUCCAAUCCCUUGUAGUAGCCAAAAUGGAGCUUCGAGUACUACAAUAUUUGAGGUAGGUUGAACUUUACUUAGUUGUUUCUGGUAUGGUCUUCAAUUCAAUUUAUAUUUCAUACAUGUUUAGGAUUGUGUUUCAAAGAAAAAAACCAAGAGAAAUUGUUGAAGUACUGGACUAAUUACAUGUGAUAUGCCCAAUUAGUUUGUAGAACUUACUUGACUAAUCAUAAAUAUGCACUAUAGAUUAAUGUUUUUGAAUUAUGAUGAUAGUUCAGUAUAAUAUAGGAUUUGGUUACAAUUUGCUGAAUUAAUGUUGUUUCAUUGGAUUUGAAUCUUCAGAACAUAAAAGACAUGCGCCCACCACUUUUAUUUAUAUUUAAAAUAUUCAUGGGAGGCCGUGAAAUAUAGUACAACAACAAAGCAAUAUAAUAGUAGAAGAAAUUGUAAAGAAGAUUUCAAAUAGCCUUUAUGGUUUUGGAUUUUUUCUCGAAGUAGUUGAAACUGAGCCAUUCGUUGAAAAGCAAGUGCGGCGCCUGAAACUUGAUGCUUCCACGUGACCAAAUGUCAUCUAGAUUUGGUCGUUAUUGGCGUUUGGAAACAUAACUUGGGCCACCACUACUACUUCACAUUCCCCUACUCCCAAAUCAUGCGGAACAGAGAAUCAAAAGUAUAAUAAUAAUAAUACUACUAUUUUUUUUGAAUAAAUAAUUCGUUAUAUAGUUGGCAAAGAAAAUGUUUCCGUUAAAGUGGUCUCACAUUGGAGUUUUCUGUGGUGUCUUGUUCAUACGCGUGUCCAUUUUCUCCGAGAAGGAGGCCGCUGGAUUCACCUUGUUCCAAUGACUGUGAAGCCAAUUUUGGUUUUUGUUUUUAAUUAGUAGGAAACUUGUACCGUAACUAUUAUGCUAUAAAUUUGUAUGUGAAUAGAUUAUAUUUCUGAAAACAAGUAAUUUAUGAUAAUCGGAUUAUUAUUUUCUUAUUUUAAAAUUAUUUUACAUACGUACCUGCGUUAAAUCGGUGAAACAAUCCCAAUGAAAAUGAUCGAAUUGAUGAGAGUAUUGAGAGUGAUCAAACCACUUAUUGGUGUUAUAUACAGGGAGAAGCUCGUCUAAGCCAUUACAAUAAUCUCCGCCAUAAUCUUCGUUCUUGUUCUCCGUCAGCAUCUAAAAAUAGUCAAAUAUAUUUCAAAUUUGGUUAUAAACUUCAUAUCAAAUCAAAUAAUCUUAAACUUUAAACAAAACAGGAAAUACAGUAAUUCUAUGACUUUUAUCUGAACAACUUGUAAUAAAGACCGAACCAGAUUAACCAAAAGUAUUGUUUAAAACUUUAACUUCCUUUUUAAAAAAUGAAAUUAAUUAUAGAUCAUUUUUAAGAAAAUAAUUAAGGCUGAAACGUUAUAAAUAAAACAUUUUUUGGUUUAUAAAAUUGAAGUAUGAACCAACAUUAAUCUUGUAACGAAUUUAAUGAUUUGUUUCCCUCCCAUAUUUUAACUUCUGAAGUAACCUGGGAGUGGUGAAGGAUAGGGUCUGAAGUGAGAGACUGAUCUAAAGCCGCCGGGAAAUCCUCUGAGAUGGCGCCACUCCGUCUAGUUCUUGUCUUUUUCACUAGUUUGCAGAGAACAAAUGCAUCCUUCAAAUGAAUUUAUAUAGAGUCAGCCACUAGUUAAUGUUUCAACACU